CCACACCUCAGUACCAAAUCAGCCCCCUUGUGCCCUGCCCGACCCAGACCCCUCCGCCCUGCUUGCCCCCGACCUCGUCCCCGCCGAGCUCUCUAGCCGUCCUCCGCCGGGGGCGCCCAACCCUAGCGCUCCCGCUCGGCGACCGACGGUGGCGCUCCGGCUCGGCGCAGCGUGAAACGGUGUAAAAUACAAUUGGAUUUGAGGGAUAUGUUAAGUAGUGGAUGUUGAAUGAUCUUCUCUAUGGAUUUGAAUGCAUCACCAUUGCCCGAAGAAGAUGAACAACCUUAUGAAGAACCUGUCGAGGUCGAUUAUGCACAAGAGGAACUUGUCGAAUCUGCUGUCGCAACAUUGCAUAGGGAGCGUGAAGAGAGACGCAUGAAAUUAAAGAGAGAGCAACAGGAUGAAGACUCGAGGCUUCAUUCUCAGCAGAUUAGAAAUGAUCAUGCACCUCAAAUCAAAGUUGCUAGAGGGCGGAUCAAAGAGACACCUCAGGGCUGGUUGGAUUGCCCUGGAUUUGGUGAGCCAAUAGACAGAAUCAUACCCUCUAAAGUUCCUCUUGAUGAAACAUUCAAUGAGUCAGUGCCUCCUGGCAAGAGAUACUCUUCCAAACAAGUAAUAGGCAAGCAAAGAAAAGCUGGUCGUGACAUAGGUUUGGUGAUUGAUCUGACAAAUACUUCUCGGUAUUACUCACCAGCAGAAUGGACAAAGCAAGGUACUAAGCAUGUCAAGAUUCCUUGCAAGGGAAGAGACACUGUACCGGAUAAUGAAUCUGUCAAUGAAUUUGUCUAUGAGGUGAUGAUGUUUCUUGAACGACAAAAGCAGUCAAAGAGUCCAAAGUAUGUCCUAGUUCACUGUACCCAUGGUCAUAAUCGUACAGGUUUCAUGAUUAUUCAUUACCUCAUGCGCACACACAUCUCUUCUGUUGCUGAGGCAAUAAAUAUAUUUGCUAAAAGGCGACCUCCUGGUAUAUAUAAGAGGGACUACAUUGAAGCGUUGUAUUCAUUUUAUCAUGAGGUUCCUGGGAAUAUGAUUGUAACAUGCCCUUCAACACCAGAAUGGAAGAGACCCUCUGAUCUUGAUUUAAAUGGUGAAGCUAAGCUAGAUGACGAGGAUGACAAUGCUGAUCUUGCACCGGCACAUAAUGAGGUAGAGGUGAAAGUCAUCACUAAUGAUGAUGUGUUGGGAGAUGCCUUACCUUACGAUCAGCAAGAAGCUCUGCGCAUUGUAUGUUAUAGGUUGCUUGAACUGCCCCCUGCAAGAGGGCAUGCACAAUUUCCAGGAUCACAUCCAGUCUCCCUUAACAGUGACAAUCUGCAGCUACUUAGACAGCGAUACUAUUAUGCUACAUGGAAAGCUGAUGGAACCCGAUAUAUGAUGCUUAUAAUGAGGGAUGGUUGUUUCUUGAUUGAUCGGAAUUUUAGCUUUAGAAGAGUUCAGAUGCGCUUUCCCCGUAGAAACCUUAAUGAAGGCCUGCAUGAUAUGACCUUGAUUGAUGGAGAAAUGAUUAUAGACACAGUACCAGGUUCAGGAUUGAAGAGGAGGUACUUGGCAUAUGAUCUAAUGGCACUUGAUUCAGUGUCCAAAACGAAGUUGCCCUUUUCUGAAAGGUGGAGAUUGAUUGAAGAUGAAAUAAUCCGUCCACGUUAUUGUGAGAGAAAGCAGUUUGAGAGUGGUGCUAAGAGCAAUCCGAUAUACAAAUAUGAUAUGGAACUAUUUUCGGCCAGGAGAAAGGAUUUUUGGCUACUCUCCACCGCAAAAAGGGUACUGAAGAAGUUUAUUCCAUCACUUUGCCAUGAUGCUGAUGGCCUUAUAUUUCAGGGGUGGGAUGAUCCAUAUGUAACUCGUACUCAUGAAGGUCUUCUUAAGUGGAAAUACCCUGAAAUGAAUUCAGUUGACUUUUUGUUUGAGGUUGGCAAUGAUAAUCGCCAGCUGGUUUUCCUUUACGAGAGAGGCAAAAAGAAACUCAUGGAUGGUUCUCGGAUGGUAUUUCCAAAUGAAGAAGACCCAUCCUCCAUCUCUGGGAGGAUUGUUGAGUGCUCUUGGAGCAAGGAAGAUCAGUGUUGGGUCUGCAUGCGUGUUAGAUCUGAUAAAUCAACCCCAAACGAUAUCAACACAUAUCGCAAGGUAAUGAGGAGUAUCACCGACAAUAUAACCGAAGACAAGCUUCUAGAAGAGAUCAAUGAGAUAAGCAACCUCCCGAUGUAUGAUGAUAGGGAAAAGAUGGCCCAACAACAAGCUCAUGCAAAGAUGGCACAACAUCAAGCUCAUGCAAAGAUGGCACAACAUCGGCGGAUGCCACCACAGUAGUGUUAGUCUUGUCAGAGUAGUGCUAGAGCGCCGCCACCAGCGGCUGGUUCCCUUGGCUUGUGUAAUUAGUAGAGGUUGUUUAGGGCCUACGAUGACCGGCCAGCCAACUAAUUCUUUGCACUUCUUCUGUGCCUACCCCCCUCCCUCUUCCUUGUAUAGUUGUGGCAGCAGAUUAGUUCUUGUAAAUCCUGUGUAAUGUUGUUCUAUUUUCUCUCCUAUGGUUUUAUUUUCAUGGGUGAUAGAAUAGUCUUUUAACAAGGAAGCGUGUUCAAGUAUGUCACUAGUAUGCCUCUAAUGCUUGCAAUAAUUGUUGCAUGAGCUGGGUUGGUUGGCA